GUCUCGGCCUCGGGGACUCUGACAGCCGCCCCAGCCUCUGUUGCCGCAUCCGCGUCGCUCUGCGCGCAGUGGGCCGCAGGGAGCGGGCCUGAGAGGAGGGCUCCCGCUCUCGCUUGUGUUCCCGUUCCCGCAUCGCGCAGCUGCAGCUCUCGGGCACGUGACGCCUCGCGGGGUGCGCGCGGGCUGCGCGGGGAGGAGAGCGGAGCGGGCGGCUGGAGGACCCCUCUGGCGCGCACGGCCAGGGACGCGUUGCCGCCUGAGGGCUUAGGGCCGUUCUUCUGGGUCCUGCUGCCUACCUGCUCCCGGCACUGCCACGCCUCUGUCACAGGCUGCGUGAGCGUACUUUGGGGUGACUUUUGGGCAGUAAUCCUGCCAAACCCAAAUUCCAUUUUCCAGGGUGUCUGGGAGGAAACUUGAGGGUGCGAGAGUGCUCCACUCCUUUGUCCUUUUCUGAGGAUUCUCCUGGAUUUUUUUUUUUUUUUCUCCUUCGUGUCCUGCCUUUCGAUCAGUCUUUCUGUCUGUUAACGAAAUCCAAAGUCCUCACGGCCCAGAUCGGUCUUGCUUUUCGCAGGGCCUCGGAAGCAAAUGGAGCUGUGGAAUGAGCGUUGUGGCUUCUAGACAAGCUGCAGGAAUUCCAGGGAUUACUCCAACUGAAGAAAAAGAUGGUAAUCUUCCAGAUAUUGUGAAGAGUGGAAGUUUGCACGAGUUCCUGGUUAAUUUGCAUGAGGGAUAUGGACCUGUGGUCUCUUUCUGGUUUGGCAGGCGCCUUGUGGUUAGUUUGGGCACUGUUGAUGCCCUGAAGCAGCAUAUCAACCCCAAUAAGACAUCGGACCCUUUUGAAACCAUGCUUAAGUCAUUAUUAAGGUAUCAAUCUGAUGGUGGGAAUGUGAAUGAAAACCACAUGAGGAAAAAAUUAUAUGAAAGUGGUGUGACUAAUUCUCUGCAGAGUAAUUUUGCUCUCCUCCUAAAGCUUUCAGAAGAAUUAUUAGAUAAAUGGCUCUCCUACCCAGAUUCGCAGCAUGUACCCCUCUGCCAGCAUAUGCUUGGUUUUGCUAUGAAGUCUGUUACACAGAUGGUGAUGGGUAGUACAUUUGAAGAUGACCAGGAAGUCAUUCACUUUCAGAAGAAUCAUGGCACAGUUUGGUCUGAAAUUGGAAAAGGCUUUUUAGAUGGAUCACUUGAUAAAAGUAUAACUCGUAAAAAACAAUAUGAAGAUGCUCUUAUGCAACUGGAAUAUAUCUUAAAGAAAAUCAUAAAAGAACGAAAAGGAAGGAACUUCAGUCAACAUAUUUUCAUUGACUCCUUAGUACAAGGGAACCUUAAUGACCAGCAGAUCCUUGAAGACAGUAUGAUAUUUUCUCUGGCCAGUUGCAUAAUAACUGCAAAAUUGUGCACCUGGGCAAUCUGUUUUUUAACCACCUCUGAAGAGGUUCAGAAAAAACUUUAUGAAGAGAUAGACCAAGUUUUGGGGAAGGAUCCCAUUACUCCAGAGAAAAUUGAGCAGCUCAGAUAUUGUCGGCAAGUACUUUGUGAAACAGUUCGGACUGCCAAACUGACUCCAGUUUCUGCCCGGCUUCAAGAUAUUGAAGGAAAGGUUGACAAAUUUAUUAUUCCUAGAGAGACUCUUGUUCUUUAUGCCCUUGGUGUGGUACUUCAGGAUCCCAGUACUUGGCCAUUACCACACAAAUUUGAUCCAGACCGGUUUGAUGACGAAUCAGUAAUGAAAACUUUCUCCUUGCUUGGAUUCUCAGGCACACAGGAAUGCCCAGAGUUGAGGUUUGCAUAUAUGGUGACCACAGUACUUCUGAGUGUAUUGGUGAGAAGGCUGCACCUACUUUCUGUGGAGGGACAGGUUAUUGAAACUAAGUAUGAACUGGUAACAUCAUCCAAGGAAGAAGCUUGGAUCACUGUCUCAAAGAGAUAUUAAAAUUUUAUACAUUCAGCUUUCUGGAGGAAAAUGAUGGUUUAGAAAAAUCUGUAUUAAAUCCUUUUAUAAACUAAGUAAUACUGUGGAAUAUAAAUACAUACUAGUACUUCAUUAUGUAAAUUUGGAUUUUUGUAUAUCAGAUUUUCUUAAUUCAUGAUAUACAUUGAUUCUUAUUAUAUCAGUAUAAUGAUAAUUUUAAUGGGAAGCUCUCUGCUUUUUUGUUUUAUCACUUUCUAUGCCAUUAUCUUCAUAAUAUUUUUCUUUGAUCUCUAAUGCUCUUUUUUUAAAUCUCUAAUAUUCUUGAAGAGAGACAUUAUUUUUGCACACUUUGGCAAGUCAUGUUUUCUAAAUAUUUAUAAAAGGGAAACAUAAUCCUAACUUCUUUUCAUACUUCCAGUAAAUCAUUUUAAUGGGGGAAAAUAAGAACUUCCCAUUAUGUUAUUUCUUGGGUUAAGAUUUUUAUUUUCUGAGUAUAAAUUAGUUUGUGUUUAGUCGUUAUUAGUAGGUUUGAGUAACCUACCUUGUGUUUGCUUAUUUUUAUACCUCCCCAGACAAUACUGUUCAUUUCAUGACUUAUACAAGGAUCAUCAUUUUGAGCAGUUCUAAAUCAUUUGGAAACUACUACCAUUGUUUUUGAAUGUGUUUUUGAAGUGCCUCUCCUAAGGGACAAACUAAGAUUGAAGCUUGUCUUUUCUUUUGUUUGGCUGGAAGUGUUACUGGCACUAUAUUACUUCACCAAUUCUCAUUUGUGGAAACAACUGAAUUCUACUUUGUUGUUAUUAUGUCAUGUACUAAAUAUAACGAACUUCAAUGAUUAGGAAAUGAGAGAGCACUAACCAAAAAAACAAAACCAAACUAAAAAAAAAACAAAACAUGAUGAAAAUAAUUUGCAAAACAUCUGAUACGGAUAAUAUCCAUAUGAUAUAUAAAUAGCUCUUACAGAUUGGUGAGAAAACAUAAUAGAAAAAUGAUCAAAAGACAUGAAUAAACUAUUCUUAGAGGAGGAAAUAGCUAUUAAAAUUUUAGAAAAAAGGGUUAGUCUCACUAGUAAGUAAAGGAAUUUGAGGGCUAUUUUAAAAACACUUUAAGUAUCUUUCAAAAUUUUAUUUACACUGAUAAGUUUUAUAUUUAAUACUGUUUUAUUGAUAGCAUUAUAGUUUUGUCCACCUUUUCUGGUUACAUUGUUCUUGAGGAUUCUUUUAAGACAACAACUGAAGGAAAUAUGGCAAGUGCAGAUAGAGAGGAAAGGAAGAAAAAUGAUAACUAUUUGCAAAUGGGUUUAUUUUUGACACUGCUGAAUUCCACUUGUAAUUUUAGUUUCAAGAUUGUACCCUAGUUAUUGAGUUAUUUUAUGCUGUGUUUAUGGUCAGAUUGCCAACAUUUUAGAACUAGCUAGGAGUGGUUAAGAUAGAAUUUAAGUAAUUAGAUGCAGCUUUUAUUUCUGCCAAAAAUAUCUAAUUUAUGGAAUAAUUUAAAUUCUAAAACUUUAAGUGAAAUGUAUUCUUAGUUUCCAGCAUCAUGUUGUUUCCAAAAAGGCACACUCUUAAGUUCCCACCUAUCAUUUUCUAUGGUUUUGUGUGUAUCCAUAUUUUCCUUUGUUAUCCCAGUACCUUGAUUGGUUUGGAAACUGGCAGUGGAAAGUUAGAGUAGGCAAUUGAUAUGUAAACCAAGUGUCAGUAAAAUCAGCGUGAGGUAAGUUGUAUUUUAAAGCAAGUGAGACCUGAUCAGCAAUCAUCAAGGCAAAAACAGAGUAGUUGAGCCAAAGGGUCAAGGAAUUGGUAUAUUGCCAAUAUACAAGCCAAUGUAUAAUUACUACUGGUUUGAAUCAAUGAAAAUAAAAGAAUCAGCUGAAUAAGCACA